AUGGCCAACUUUUGUGUGGUUUCUGGGCAUACGGUUAAUGGUGUAGUACAAUUCCACAGAGACAUCUUAAAGGAUGGAUUAUUUGCAGAUUAUGUGUCAAUAUGGCCAAACAAGUUUCAAAAUAAGACCAAUGACAUUACUCCUAGACGUUGGCUCAAAUUUUCUAGUCCUAAACUUAGUCAGAUCAUAACAAAAUGGUUAAAAACAGACAAGUGGGUCACUAACCUAGACCUACUUGUGUGUCUGUGGGAGGAAAUGAGCCAUGAAGAGCGAAAAGCCACAACACCAAGGACAGUCAUGAUUGGAGGGAAAGCAUUUGCAACAUAUACAAAUGCUAAAAGAAUAGUCAACCUUAUGGAUGAUGUUGGUACUAUUGUGAACACCGAUCCUGAAGUUAACGAAUACUAG